AUGAUGAACAAUCGCGCGCAUCUGCCGGCUGGGCAGCAGAUGCAAGGAGGCGCCGACAUGGGAGGAGGUCCGCCUCCUCCUCGCCGUGGAAAUCGUCACCAGUAUGGGCCUGCUCAUGGUUACCAAUACCAGCAACAUCAGCAUCAUGUCAAUCCCUCCAUGUACGGCCAUGGGGCUCAGUACAUGAACCCCUACCCGCCGAACCAGCCCUACUACAUGCCUUACCAGCAGUAUCAUACUGGCGCCAUGCCGCAACCUUACCUUCCGCCCCAGUACAAUCACGCCCCUUACACUCGUUCGCCGCCUGCUGUGCAGCAGUAUGUCCCUCUGCACCAGCCCUAUGGCAGACCUGCCCAGCACUCGCCGAUUGUGUCUUCACCAUACCAACCGCCCCCUCCUGCUAUGCCCCCGGUCGUUGCCCCGCUUACCCCGUCAACAACCCAUUCAUUUGCCGUUCCGCCUCCUACGACGAUUGCCCCCUCGACCAUACCCCCUUUCCGCGAGUUUAUUCCAGCUUCACAUCAGCCGUUGCAUAAUCACGAGGUGCAGCCUCCGGUUCAGGCACUGCACGUCCACGAAGCACAACCACCUAUUCAGCCAGAGUUCCAACCCUUUGUGCCCCAGCAGCAGCAGCAGCCGUUCCCGCAGGAGUAUAACCAGGAGGCUUAUCUUGCCUCGGAAGCCAAAUCCCCUGCUGAGGUUCAGCCUGAGCAACAAGAAGCGGCGAUUGAAGCAGAGGCCUCGGUAGAGACUCAAGUAGAGGUCGCGGUAGAGACGCCCGCAGCUUCUGUGGUGGAGGGUCCGUUCAACAUGGCAACCACCCCGGCAACAUCUGAAGUCCACCCCAUCACCUCGCCAUCUGAGAAGAUAUUGUCAAAGCUGCCAUGGUUCUCCAAUCCCGAAGCUGGAUUCCCCGCUCGUGCCCCAAAGUCGAGGAGAAGACGCCCGGUCUCUAGCACUCCUAAUCUGAUUCUCGAGAAACCGGCGGAGGCUCAGCAGCCAGAGCAGGCGGAGCAGACAGAACCUAAGGAGGAGCCAGUUGUUAAUGCGGAAACCACCGUUAAGGCUGAAGUAACUGAGGCUGCCACCGCUCGUUCGGAGACACCCUCCACCCAUGAGCAGCAGGUAGAGGAUACCCCCCCAACCACGCCAAGUUCUGCCCAAACGACCCAGGCAUCCAUCGCAGUGGCAGUCAGCCCCAGCACGACCGUGAAGCCUGCUAUUCGCUCAGCUAUCCCGGCACUUCCCACAGUUCCUGCGGUUCCCGUUCUCCCAGUAAUUCCAAGGAUUGCUCCAAAGGAGCUGCAAGCGGUGGAGAAGACAGCUGUUCAGCAAACUUCCGUUGCUCCCACCAAAGACGAAAAGUCGACCGAGGCCGGCGAGGGUGCUCACCAGGUGAAUGGCAUGGGCGAGAAGUCCGAGACUGAGUCUGCUCCUGCCCAAGCCGCACCAGCUCCAACUCCAGCUCCUGCAAAACCCAAGGCCUGGGCCGCUUUGUUCGCAAAGCCCAGUGCAGCUCCCUCUGCUGUGGCCUCUACUGCCGCAGCUCCUCGCGUCCACACCAAUGGCAACGCUGCCGAUGUCUCUACCGCUGCAUCUGGAGCCGUUGGAAGUUUCCCCAGUUCCAAGGCGAACUCUCUUGCCGAGGCUUUACAGGCCUAUCGUCCUACUGGUAUUGACAAGCUGCCCUUUAUUGAGCCCAGAGGCUUGGUCAACACUGGAAAUAUGUGUUACAUGAAUUCUGUUCUUCAAGUUUUGAUUUUCUGCAUUCCGUUCUACGACUUUCUAGAUCAAGUGUCCAAGAAAGCCACUCACAGUUUCAAGAGCGAAACGCCUUUGAUCGAUGCACUGAUCAUGUUCAUGCGUGAAUUUAAGAUUAUCGACUCUGCUACGUCAACUGACCUCCUCCAGAGACGGCUGAAGCCGGAAGAGCUUGAGCAAUAUGGCGAGUCUUUCACCCCUGAGUUUGUUUACGAAGCCAUUCGCAAACUUCCCCGCUUUGCCAGCAUGAGGCGUGGUCACCAACAAGACGCCCAAGAGUUCCUUGGGUUCCUUCUUGAAGGUCUACACGAUGAGUGUGCCCAGGUGAUGCGUACUGCCCCUGUUUCAGCAGUUUCUACCGCACCGAACUCAACUCCGUCUUCUCCCACCACUUCCAAGCCAAACGGAUCGCUCGAGGGCGCUGAUGAUUGGCUUGAGGUUGGUCCCCGUCAACGCGCUGCUGUUACUCGGUCUUCUGGCCAUUCACUCGCUUCACCCAUCAACAAGAUCUUUGGUGGGAAGUUGCGCUCUGAACUGCGUGUUCCUGGCAACAAGACCUCGGUCACGCUGGAGCCUUACGAGCCGCUGCAACUUGACAUUGGUGCACCCGAGAUUCGCAACAUCAUUGACGCCCUGAAGGGUCUAACUCGACCGGAAACACUCCACGGCGAUUUCAACUCGCCCCACGGCAAGAACGUCAAGGCCACUAAGCAGAUCUUUAUUGAAUCGGUUCCUCCUGUUCUUAUCUUGCACCUCAAGCGUUUCCAAUUCGACGCCGAGGGUCAAGGUGGUACUGUCAAGAUCUGGAAGAAGAUUGGCUAUCCUCUCGAGUUCGAAUUCCCACAAGAGGUUCUGUCUCGCUCUCAACGCAACAGCACGGUUCACGAGGGUGUUCCUCGAUACAAGCUGACGGCUGUUGUGUAUCAUCAUGGUAAGAAUGCCAGUGGCGGUCAUUACACAGUAGAUGUUCGCCGACAGGAUGGCCGAGAAUGGAUUCGUAUCGAUGACACCGUUAUCCGCCGUGUGCGCAGCGAAGAUGUGGCUGAGGGUGGUGCCGAGGAAGAACAGGCCAAGUCUGGCUCUGGUAACCAAAAGGACAGCACUGGUAGCAACAGAUUCGGUGCCAUGAAUGAUGAGGAUACCGGCGACGACGAUGGCUGGAAGCAAGCGGCCGGUGGCAAGAAGUGGAGCAGCGUUGUCAACACACCGGCUACCAACGGACAGAAGCUGCCCCCUAAGCAGCACAAGGACAGCAUCAAGGACAACAAGGUUGCUUACUUGUUGUUCUACCAGCGCGUUUGAGAGUCCUUUACCUCGAACUUGAUCUCCAAAGAACUGGUCGACUGGCCAGUCAGUCCUGGUGCGACAUGCCACAGGCUUUCUCGGCGUUCAAAAGCGAGGACGGGUUAGAAGGAUGUAAGAUAUCAAGACCGCGAGUGCGAAAUGAUCAACAAAGGGCUGGCAGGCGGCCGGCCGGUGUAGUUAGGUUAUCGACUAGCGGAGAUGGCAGCCAGCUACUCUCUGCUUCGAUGAACUCGUGAUGACGGCAGGAUUGACCAUCCUGCCCUUGGAGUGAAGGCGCUUCACAGGCGACCCAUGUUGUCUUGCUGAAGGGAGGAGCAAGGGACCAGGGCGCCAAUCUUUGUCUCGCCACCACCCAUAUCUGUGUGAAGCGUAAUACUUCACGUCCUCCUUUUUCCAUC